CCAGCGUGUAGUUUGACUCGAGCUGUUUGCCGUAGCUGACGCUGACACAACAUGGCGUUCGGUACAGCUGAAAAGUUUUGAAAGUAUGAAUUUAGGGGCUUUGGCAGUUUCGUUUUACUGGAAUUUGGAGCAUCGAUUUCAUGAACGUCAGUGGUAUCAGUGGUCAAUUUCUGAUGCUUACAUCUUGCCAACAGAAGACCAUUUAUUCUUAACAAGUGCACAGGCAUCAUGACACAUUUUUUAAAUGUGCAAGUUAAAACCUAGUAUUUCAACAGUCAAAAAAAAAAAACAACUCAUCAAAGUACAUGUUCAAGUCAUUGAGGUAUUGUGUCAGUCACUGUCUGCAUGCAGCAAUGACUAGACUGGAAGAGCUAAAUAAAGAAACCAGCAUGCAUUCUUCUGUGCGGUAUCUUGGAUAUUUAGCCAGCAUCAACCUCCUGAUUGCUGUGUCUUUGGGCUUUUAUGUAAGAUGGGAAAAGACAACUGAUUCUGUAAUACUAGUUAUGUUUGUUUUGGGAAUUUUUGUAAUUGGCAUUGCUAGCAUUUUGUACUACUACUUUUCUAUGGAAGCAGCCAGUGUUAGCCUUUCCCAUCUUUGGUUUGGAUUUCUCCUGGGAUUGUUAUGUUUUCUAAAUAAUCCAUCACUUGAAACAGAUGUCAAAGAAAAAGCAACUAACUACCUCUUAUUAACAAGCAUUCUCACAAGGACAUUAUGGGCUUUGGUGGAAAGAAUAUGUGAUAGUGUGCACCAUAGGCCAACUCUUCUUACAUCAUCAGAAUUUUUGGAACUUCUUGGCUUUUCUAUAGCUAGCACAGCCUUGCCUAUGGAGAAGUCAUUUAGCGUAAUGCUUCUGGUUGUGGCUUUAGCAAUGUUAAUUGUUGACCUGCGAAUGAAGUCCUCCUUUGCAUUUUUAAAUUUGGUUACAUUUGUUCUUCUUACCUCUUUGAUGUUUUUUCCUGGUUUAAAUAUUUAUACAAACCCUUUUGCUCUGGCUUGCUGUGUAAGUCGUCUGAUUUGUGAUCCAUUGCUUGAUAUUUACUUCAGUGGUCUUACUGUGACUGAGCGGUGGAUGCCCUACUUACAUCAUGGUAGGGUGCUGCGUAGGUUGUCUAUUCUCCCAAUUGCACUUGGUGAAAUUACAUUUUUCAUCAUUGCUGCAAUUAAUCUAGAAAAUGUACAACUUUGGUAUUUUGUAAUUCCUGGAUUCUCCAUUUUUGGAAUAUUUUGGAUAAUGUGCCAUGUGACUUUCAUUAUUACUCUUUGGGGCUUUAAUACUAAAUUAAAUGACUGUCAGAAGAUUUAUAAUGUACAGCGCAUGGAUAACCGAAGCUUGGACAGAAUAAUGGCAUCUAAGGGAAUGAGGCACUUUUGUUUGAUUUCAGAACGGCUCAUGUUUUUCAGCAUCUUAUCAACUGCGGUUCUUGGAGCAAUAUCAUUACAGACAAGGAGUGGAAUCUUCAUAAGUGCCUUACUGAUAGUGUUGCCUCUAGAGUCCUUGGCACAUGGUCUUUUUCAUGAACUUGGAAGCUGUUUGGGAGGCACCUGUGUGGGAUAUGCUAUUGUAAUUCCUACCAACUACUGCAGCCCAGAUGGCCAGCCAACACUGCUUCCACCUGAACAUGUUCAGGAGUUAAACCUACGGUCAACAGGCAUGUUGAGCGCUAUCCAGAGGUUUUUUUCAUAUCAUAUGAUAGAGACAUAUGGCUGUGACUAUUCUACUAGUGGCUUUUCUUUUGAAACAAUUCAGAAUAAACUGAAGUCUUUUCUAGAACUAAGGACAGUGGAUGGUCCUCGCCAUGAUACUUAUAUAAUAUAUUACAGCGGUCAUUCCCAUAGUUCUGGAGAAUGGGCUUUAGCAGGAGGAGAAACAUUGCAAUUCAGUAACUUCAUAGAAUGGUGGAUGGAGAAGAAUGGUAAUUUCUGCUCACGACUUAUAAUCAUACUGGACACUCAACAUGCAAACCCAUGGGUUAAAGAAGUGAAACAAAUUGCUGAUCUUUAUGUUGCCAUACAGGGAGCAGAGAUUGUUAAAAACUUUGACAUUGAAGAAGCAGAUCCUGCACAGCUUGGUGACUUUACAAUGCAGUGGGUGGAAUAUAACUGUAACUCUGACAGCACCAUCAGAUGGUCAGAACAAGGACGUUCUUUAAAAGCAGUGUAUGGUGUUUCUAAGUGCUGGAGUGACUAUGUUCUCCAUUCACCAACUGGUAGCGAUGUUGCAAAGCACUGGAUGACAUAUUUUCCCCGAGUUACCUUUCCAUUAGUAUAUCUAGCAAAUUGGUGCUGUGGACUUAAUCUUCUUUGGGCUUGCAGUAUCUUUCUCAAAUGUUUCAGAAGGUUAAAGCUAAGAUGGUUUCCUCCAAAUAUUCUAGAUACAGGCCAAGGGUUUAAAUUAGUUAAAUCAUAAAGCAAACUUUGGUUUGGUUUUACGCAAGCAUUCAAUCAAAUGCCUUUUUUUUAUAAAGUAGUUUUUUAAGAUCUUGUUUAGUGGCCUAAAUGUAAAUGGUUGGUUAAGUUGUACUGAAAAAAAAUGCUUUAUAUUAAAAAAAGUUAAGAAUUUAAUAUAAAAUGUUAUUUUUACAACAAAUACAUCCUGUGUAUUGUGUUAAGUAUGAAGACGGAAAGUACAAUAUUUGAGUACUUUUUCAUAAUAAAAAGAAGAAAAAAGCUCAUAGUAUUUAUCUUUAAGGACAUAAUUUAUUUCUCAAUAUUCUCAAUACAAAAAGUGACAGUUUUACUUCUUGUAAAAUACAGGGUCUUGCAAUCUUGUAACACCUAAGCGAUUGACAAAGACUGAUUGAUAAAUCAGAGGUAGUUAACAGUUACAAACCUCCAUGUUUAGCGCUACCAGCUGCUCAGCUGUGUCAGAUACAUUUCAGCUGAGCAUUCAAGUACACUUUAUGCACAUUGCAAAUAUAUAUAUAUAUAUUUUUUUUUUGCAUUAUCCAUAAUCCAGUUUACCUUGGCAGUUAUUAAAAUGUUAUCAAAACUAUAAACAUUAUUUCAUUCAUUUUAUUCUAAAUCUGCAGUAAUAUAUUACCACAUUUCACAUCUCUUGAUUAUUGUGGUCUUUGCGUGUUUUUUCCACUGUAUAAUGCUUUAAUGUAUGUGUUUGGGAGACUGUUUUUAUGAGUUCCUUAUUUCCUUGUACGGUACCUUUACGGUGUGUAAUUCAGUCACAGGCGUUACUAUUUCAGAACAAUGCCUUCUUUAAAGAACUGCAUUUUUUCAUGCAGUUUGCACUGAAGUUGCAGUAUUUAGAAAAAAAAGAGGUAAUGUCUGUGUCAUAAUUUUACUGAGUUGUUAAAGUCUAUGCAGAUUUCUGCUUGGUUGCAAAAAAAAAGCCAACCAUUUGUGUAAAUACUAACUCAAAUUGUACUCAAUGUAUCUUCAUAUGAAUUAUACCAAAUAUGCUAUACCUUUGUAUUUAAAUUUAUAUGAAUUUUUUGGAGAGGUAUUCGCCUACAUUUAAAUAAAAUAAAGUUGUGAAAUGGCGCUCUACACUUUUUAAUUUA